UCUCACUCGUCGAUCACCUUUCUCCAAUCUUAAUUAACAAAAAUGGUUUCCCAAUCUUUGCCUCUCGUAUCAAAAUCAACUGUUUUCCCCGACCAAAAAUCCUGCUUACCUGACCUGAAACUCUCUGUUUCCGAUCUACCCAUGCUCUCCUGCCACUACAUUCAGAAAGGUGGUUUGUUCACCAAGCCGCCAUUCCCGAUUCUCGAGCUCAUCUCCUUGCUCAAAAUCAGCCUCUCCCAGACGCUUGUCCACUUCCCGCCGCUCGCCGGCCGCCUCACCACCGACGAUGACGGCUACGUUUACAUCACCUGUAACGACGCCGGAGUGGAAUUCAUUCACGCUAAUGGGUCCCACAUCUGCGUCUCUGAUUUGCUGGGCUCCGCCGACGGCGAUGUGCCCGAGGCGGUGAAGGGCUGCUUCGCUUUCGACCAGACUGUUAGCUACCAGGGGCAUUUCAGGCCUAUUCUCGCCGUGCAGGUUACGGAAUUGGCCGACGGCGUCUUCAUUGGCUGCGCCGUCAAUCACGCCGUCACCGACGGGACUUCGUUCUGGAAUUUCUUCAACACCUUCGCGGAGUUGACCAGAGGUGUGAAGAGGAUUUCGAGGACGCCGGAUUUCAGCCGUGACUCGAUUUUGAUUUCUCCGGCGGUGCUCAGGCUGCCGGAAGGAGGACCCAAGGUCACCUUCUCCGGCGACGCUCCGGUGAGGGAGAGGAUUUUCAGGUUCAGCAGAGAGUCAAUUCUGAAACUGAAAGCCAGAGUUAAUUACAAUAACACCCCUAAAUGGGGAGACCGUGACGGCGGCAUUGACGCCGCUGAGCUGAUGGGCAAGCAGAGCAACGACACGUUAAAAUUCCCCGACCGCAAGCUGACGCCGUUAGCCUGGCUGAGAAACGCCGUUUCCACCAGGGAGGCGAACGUCACAAAUCCAACGGUCGAGAUCUCAUCGUUCCAGUCACUAUCCGCGCUGCUGUGGCGCGGCAUCACACGCGCGAGGAAGCUGCCAACCUCCAAAACGACGACGUUCAGAAUGGCAGUCAACUGCCGCCACCGGCUUGAGCCGAAGCUGGACCCCCUGUACUUCGGGAACGCGAUACAGAGCAUUCCGACGUACGCGUCGGCCGGUGACGUUUUGGGCAAGGAUCUACGGUGGUGCGCGGAGCAGCUGAACACAAACGUGAUGGCGCACGGUAGCUCUACGGUGAGGAAGUACAUAGAGGAUUGGGAGCGGGACCCACGUUGCUUCCCUUUGGGUAAUUUCGACGGUGCCAUGAUCACCAUGGGCAGUUCCCCAAGGUUCCCGAUGUACGAUAACGAUUUCGGGUGGGGCCGACCCGUUUCUGUCCGGAGCGGGCGGGCGAAUAAAUUUGACGGCAAGAUUUCUGCCUUUCCGGGUAGGGAAGGGGGUGGCUGCGUUGAUCUCGAAGUUAUUUUGGCGCCCGAAACUAUGGCCGGUCUCGAAUCCGACCCAGAAUUUAUGCAAUACGUCUCCGUUUAUUAGUUUGGGUCUGGAUUGGGUCGGGUCGGGUAUAAAUAAGCAUCUUUCUGACGUGGAAUAUAAUGGGGAAAUCGAAAGGUUUUUUUCCAAUUUGUGACAUAGUUUAAUUAAUGUGUAUUUUUAUCUUCUUCUGUGUCUUCUAAAUCUAAUUUUUAAUGUUAAUUUGUUACAAGGUCUUAUCUUAUUCGAUUGAAACAAC